AUGGUUUGUGGGUGUGUGUGUGUGUGUGUCUCCAUCAUCAUCAUCAUCAUCGCCCUUCCGCAAACGGACGGCCCGCAUCUUCACCACCACCACUUACCACCGCGCAAGGAGGAGAAGAAGAAGAAGAAGAAGAAGGGAAAGGUUAAAGAUGGUCCGCGUGCACCCUCCCCUCGCGAGCCGGCCGGCCGAGGAAGAAUACAAGAAGAAGAAAAAAAUUCAAUCUCUCGGGCCUGCCUUGCCCUGCAGGCCCUGUCCUGCCCUGCCCUGCCCCUUGAAGGGGGGGGGGGGGGGGAACAAAACAAACAAAGUAGCGAGCGAGCCUAA